AUGUCGGAGGCGAAAGAUCUGCUGAUCGCGCAGAUAGACACGAUCGCUCAGCUAAAGCGAGUGAUCGUGAACUUUAAAAAAUUGGCAAAGGCCAAUGUGACGCUGCCAAGGACUCAAGGUCGACUGGACGAAUUGACGUCCCUCUGGGCAUCUUGCAGAGAACUCCACGUCAAGUUGCUGCAAUCUACUACGCCCGAGGAAAAGAAGACUUUGGCAUACUUCGUCGAUGAGGAAUUUUUGGUCGCUGAGGAAGCUUACUACGAGACGGCCGACGUCCUUCGUGAUGCGAUAAGUAGAUUAACAGUUGUUACGCCGCCUCCGCUUGAUCGAAGUACUGAUUCCUCCUUUCGCGAUAGUAAUAAUAAUUUUCAGUUGCCGCGGAUUUCGUUGCCGAAAUUUUCGGGAAAAUUCUCCGAUUGGGAGAAUUUUAAAAAUACGUUUGAGUCUCUCGUUGCAAAUAAUUAUGCACUUACUAAUACUCAGAAGUUUCAUUAUCUAAAAACGAGUGUCAUUGGAGACGCUGCGUUAGUAAUCAAUAAUUUAAAAAUUUCGGACGCGAAUUAUGAUUCCGCGUGGCAACUUUUAGUCGACGAAUACGACGACAAAUUAACUUUGAUUCAUUCGCAUUUACAUGCUUUUAUGAGCAUACCUGUCAUGAAUCGCGAGAGCGUGGCAGAAUUAAGAAAAUUGCGCGACGCAGUGGCUGCAUCGCUUGCCGCGUUAAACAACAUGCAAAGACCUGUAGAUCAUUGGGAUGAUCUCCUGGUGUAUAUAAUAUCACAAAAAUUUAGUGCGAGAACACGCAGCGAGUGGAACUUGAGACGUUCCACUAUGAAUUCGAUUCCGUCUUAUAAAGACAUUCACGAUUUUCUCACAAUGCGCAUCCGCGGAUUGUCGGAUUUCACUGACGUUUCAAAAGAGAGCGGCAAUGUUAAAUAUGACAAGCAACGGUCGUCAGUUAAUAAUAUCGCAGUUCUAAAAUGUAUUUGCUGUUCGGGAAAUCACUUCAUUUCAAAGUGCGAGGAAUUUCGCCAAAAGUCAGCAGCGCAACGCAUGGAAAUUGCUCGUACAAAUAAAAUUUGUUUUAAUUGUUUGAAAUCGGGACACAUGUCGCCGAAAUGCAUAAGCAAACAGCGAUGCACCCAAUGUCGUCGUCCCCAUCAUACAUUAUUGCAUUCCGCGAGUUAUCAAGGGCCGGACGUCAAUAAAAGUUCGACAUCAGAAAAGGUGAGCGUAUCGUCGAAAUCAAAAACCGACUCUUCGUGCGUUUCCGAUAACGCGGCCGUCGCUAGCGUUCAAACGGUGAAACUGCCGGACGUCACGACUCCGACCGUGCUUCUCGCGACUGCGUGGGUUGACAUUCACACUGCCGAAGGCAGAUGUUUUAAAGUACGCGCCUUGCUAGAUCAAGGAUCGAAUUUCAGCUUCAUUUCGGAAGCAUUAAGUCAAACUAUUCGUACAAAAAAGAAAGAACCGACUUGCAGAUUAAAGCCCGUCGACUCAUGGCCGCAUUUACGAAGUCUUUCGCUCGCGGAUCCGGAUCCGUCGAGUCAUCAUCAAAUUCAUCUGCUUAUCGGAGCAGACAUCUACGGUUUACUGUUGAGGCGCGAUUUGAGACAAGGUCCGCCCGGCACACCCACCGCUCAAUUAACCGCGUUUGGUUGGAUUCUCUCCGGCCCUAUCGGAAGUAAAAAACGGGUCUCCGCGGAGGCUGCCGUUUUAAAUUGCGUUUUGGCUCACCGAGACGUAAAUGCUCUUCUCCAGAAAUUCUGGGAAGACAAAGAGAUUUCGUCGACCACCCCCCUCACUGAAGAGGAAGAUAAAUGCGAACGACACUUCGUACAAACGCAUUGUCGUUCUCACGACGGUCGAUACAUUGUUCGACUGCCAUUCAGGGGAGAUCCGCCGAUCGACAUCGGGGAUUCUCUGCCAAUAGCGCGGUCUCUGUAUAACCGUAUGGAAAAUCGAUUAAAAAAUCAAUCCGAUCUCUGCUCGCAAUAUAACGAAUUCCUCGCGGAAUACGAGUCACUCGGACAUAUGGCUCAAGUCAAUGAGUCAGAAAAGACGGAGAAUUCGCCUGUCUACAUCCCGCAUCAUCCAGUGGUGCGGGAAGAUAGUCGCACCACGAAAUUACGCGUCGUGUUCAACGCUUCGUGCAAGAUUCGAAACGGCACGACGUUGAACGAUCAUUUAUUCACCGGGCCGAAACUACAGCAAGAUCUUCCUGCCGUCUUGUCUCGAUGGCGAAAAUAA